CCUCGCGCAGUGAUAUAUAUUCCAGACCAUGGGGGAAAGUUGGAGGAAAAGUUUCGAAGCGAUGAUAUUCAAACACAAAAAUAAUUUUAAAGCAAAUUAAUACUUUUAUCCGUCGGGCUGUCGGGAGAUUCUUCAAUUAGGCGACCGCUGACAGUAGCACAGAGUUUUUUUUUGUUGUUUUUUUCAUAAACUCAAUAUGAAAUCAGAACUGACAUAAUUAUAACACCAUUAUUUUCGCUUGCCGUCUCUCCUUAAUGUAGAUGUUUGCGCAAGACGUCCGUGCCUCCGCGCUGCCUCAUUCAUCCGGCAGAGGAGAGGAUCAAGCCCGCGUCCGAGGAUACAAUGAAGCAGUGUGUCCUUGUCCGACACAAUGCAGCAAGAUGCUACAAAGAGGACGAAUCUGUUUUUCACAAGAUCAGCGACGUUUUUGCUCGAUUGCAGAGAGAGACCAGCUAAAGAAUGAAGCUUUAGCCUCUGCAUGACAAGCUAUGACCAACACACAGACUAGACUCUAGAUGUCCAGUUACAAAGCCAGGACUCAAGAAUGAAGACCAAAUAUGCAAUUGUCUUCAUCUGUAUCGUGGCCCUGGUCAUCAUCGAAAAGGAAAGCAACAUCCUAUCAAGGGUCUCUGAUAAGCUGAUCCAGAGGCAGAUUCCACAGCAGACCCCACAGACUUCACUGGAUUACAGCAACACAACACAAAAUGGCUCCCUGACGAUGCUCAAAAUGCUGCUCUCUAAACUCAUCGGUACAAAAGGGAAUUACUCAAGUCUCUCAGAGGAGCAAGAGGAAGAAGAACUAGAUGAUUUAGGCAGGUACAGCUUCAGUGGUGGCCGUAAGCACAUAUUACUCUUGGCCACCACACGAACAGGUUCCUCAUUUGUGGGGGAAUUUUUUAACCAGCACGGGGAGAACAUGUUCUACCUGUUUGAGCCUUUAUGGCACGUUGAGCGGAUGCUGACCAUGGCCUCAGAGGCAAACAACGGGACAGUGUUGGCAGGAAUUUACCGGGAUGUACUCCAGGCGCUCUUCCUGUGUGAUUUCUCUCCCCUUGAGAAGUUCAUCUCCCCUCUACCUCAGGACCACGUCACCCCAGCUCUUUUCCGCAGAGAGUCUAGUUUAUCGCUCUGUGAAGAAUCUGUCUGCAGUCCAGUAAUCAAAGACGUUUUUGAAAGGUAUCACUGUAAGACUCGUCGCUGUGGGCCGCUGAACUUGACCCUUGCAUCUGAAUCCUGCCUUUCCAAGCAACACCACGCCAUUAAGACUGUCCGUGUGCGCCAGCUGGACACAUUGCAGCCUUUGUUGGAGGAUCCACGCCUCGAUGUGAGAGUGAUCCAGCUCGUCCGAGAUCCACGGGCCAUCUUAGCAUCACGCAUGGUGGCUUUCUCUUCGAAGUACCAGACGUGGAAGGCCUGGGCGCAGGACGGCCAGGUGCCCGAAGAUGACGAGGAGGUGAAGAGACUCAGAGGAAACUGCGACCAGAUCAGGAUGUCUGCAGAGGUGGGACUGAGCCAACCUCGCUGGCUGAGGAGACGCUACAUGUUGGUGCGUUAUGAGGAUAUUGCCCGCUACCCCAUGCAGAAGGCAGAGGAGAUGUACAGGUUCACAGGGAUACCAUUUAGUCCCCAAGCUAGGGAAUGGAUUCUGAGAAACACCCAGACCACACAGGGAGCUAGUGGCAUUUACUCCACCCAGAAGAAUUCAUCAGAGCAGGCAGAGAAAUGGAGAUUUAGCAUUCCCUUCACACUGGCUCAGGUAGUGCAGAGAGUGUGUGGACCUACCAUGGAGCUGUUUGGGUACAAGUUUGUGGAUGAUGAAAAGACACUGAUGAAUAGGUCCAUUAGUCUGCUUGAAGAGAAACUAUUCCAUUAAUAGAGAGGUCAAAACUGUGGCUGUAACUGUGGAUCUGCAAAACGCUGCACACGUUGGAUCGGAGCCAGGAGAAGCCAUUAUUGCACAGACCAAAACUAGUAAGCAAAGGUGCCAUAAAAGACACAACAUGUUUUACUGGUGACAGUAAUAUUUGGGCCAUACAACAAUAUUCAUACUCACCAAUGAUGUGCCUCAUUGUGACAAAAGAGCCACUUGAGAAAGAGAAGUAUUUAUUUGUAAAUGAAAUAAGCAUAGAUGUCAAGCCUGAUUUAUAAGAGAUUCUUAUGUAAGAUUGUAUUGAUAGUUGAUCAUGUUUAGACUUUCAGGGAUAAACUACAGCGACAGUGAAAGUGAUGCAUGCUUUGUUUGUCUGUGUGUCUGAAAGAGAUGUUUCUGUUCAUAGGGUUUAUGACCUGCUUAAUUCUGCCUAGUUCAACCUGUAUUUUGAUAGCUCUAUACUCCACUAGGCAACUGAUAGAAUUACUUUAUAUUAGACCUGAUGUGCUUUCAUAGGGCUUUACAUAUCCAACUCAACUCAAUUUUGUGUGUCUUCAUGAGGAGCAUUCAUAUCCCCACACAA